CGAAAGUCUACUAUAACAUAAAAUAUUAACCUUACUUGAGAGGUCCUUACCACCUCUCCGAGAUUCCGACCAUCAAACGAAACAACUACCCCUCUCUCUCUGUCUCUCUCUCUCUCUCUCUCUCUGGGCCUGGACCGACAAAGAAUGUCAGAAACAAGAUCGCCGCUGCCGUUGCUGUUCCGGCGACGAUCAAGCAGCGAAAUGAUGAAAAAUUUAGCCUCAGUUUCAAGCAGUCUAUUGCCAGCUUUUGGAACUGUUGUGGACGAAGGAUACUUGCAUCUCCGGAAAUACGUUAUAGCUCCAUAUGAUCGUAGAUAUAGGUGGUGGCAGACGUUUCUUGUUGCACUGGUAAUAUACUCUGCAUGGGCGUCUCCGUUUGAGCUGGCUUUCAAGAAAGCGGCCACCGACGCUUUUAUGCCCGUCGAUUUGGUGGUUGAUGCCUUUUUCGCCAUGGACAUUUUGCUUACUUUCUUUGUGGCUUACUUGGACAAAUCUACCUAUCUUCUGGUUGACGAUCACAAGAAAAUCGCACUCAGGUACGUCACAAGCUUAUGGUUCCCCAUGGACGUGGCCUCGACUCUGCCGUUUCAAUUCUUAUACAGAAUCUUCACCGGGAAAAUGAGCCACGGUGAAAUCUUUGGCUUCCUCAAUCUGCUUCGACUCUGGCGACUUAGGCGCGUUAGUGAACUCUUUAAAAGGCUAGAGAAAGACACACGUUUCGGCUAUUUUUGGACAAGACUCUUUAAACUAAUCAGUGUUACUCUAUUUGCAGUGCACUCAGCAGGAUGCUUCUACUUCUGGCUGGCUGCCCAUCAUAAAACACCAGAAAAUACAUGGAUUGGAGUUGAAGUUAGUGAUUUCAAACACAGAAGCAUCUGGCUAUGUUAUACCUAUUCUAUUUACUGGUCAAUUGUCACCCUAACCACUGUUGGCUAUGGAGACUUGCAUGCUGUCAAUACAGGAGAGAAGAUUUUCAACAUGCUUUAUAUGCUCUUCAACAUUGGUCUCACUGCUUAUAUAAUCGGAAACAUGACAAAUCUCAUUGUUCACAGUGCAGUCCGGACUUUUGCCAUGAGGGAUGCCAUAAAUGAGAUAUUAAGAUUUGGAAGCAAGAAUAGGCUACCAGAAGGCUUGAAAGGGCAAAUGCUGGCACACAUGCAACUAAAAUUCAAGACAGCCGAGUUACAGCAAGAAGAAGUAUUACAGGACCUACCAAAAGCUAUCAGAUCCAGCAUUGCGCAGCAUCUUUUCCAUAGCACUGUUGGGAACACCUACCUAGUCAAAGGAGUCUCCGAAGACCUUAUUAGCCAGCUGGUAUCAGAGAUGAAGGCCGAAUACUAUCCUCCAAAGGUAGAAAUUAUUUUGCAAAAUGAAAUUCCAACAGAUUUCUACAUUUUGGUGUCUGGAGAAGUGGUAUGUCUCCUCUCUUUUUCUCUCAAGCAAUCCUAUAUAAUCCUAGACAUGAAACUUGAGAUUUGUUUCAAAUUGCAGGAUGUGCUGACAUACAAGAAUGGAACAGAGCAGUCUUUGUCAAAACUAGGAGCUGCAGAUAUGGCAGGAGAAAUAGGAGUUAUUUUCAAUAUCCCACAGCCUUUUACAGUGAGGACCAAGAGGCUUUCUCAGGUUAUCAGGAUGAGCCAUCACCAUUUCAAGCAAAUGGUGCAACCACAAAGUGAAGAUGGGAAAAUAAUCAUCUCCAACUUUAUUCAGUACUUGAAGGGCUUAAAACAAGAGAUGCAAGAAGAAAUACCCUUCUUAAUGGAAUUGUUAGAUGAUAUGAAUGCCACGCACACAGAAACAAAUGAGGAGCUACAAAAUCCCGGAGCACUAAAUUCUCACGCAGAAACAAAUACAGAAGGAAGACCAGAAACUUCGAGUCCAAUAUCACGCAAAUGUCCCAUAAGAGUGAUAAUCCACGGGCAUCAUUCAAAUGAAAGUCCGAAAGAAGGUGACAUAUCGGGAAAGCUCAUACACUUGCCAGAUUCAAUAGAAGAUCUUUUUAGACUUGCAGAAAAGAAGUUUGGCAAACAAGGAAACACAAUUCUCAUGGAGGAUGGCUCGCUAGUGGAAGAUUUGGUUGCUUUAAGAGAGAACGAUCACUUAUUUAUUUUCUGAUAGUUAAAAUAAUGUUUUGACUAACAGCAUAUUACUUCUGUUUCAAGUGAUCAUUUGUCAAUCUCAUUGUGAAAGUUUUGAGUUGCCUAAUAUUUGACAAAGACAAACUAUGUACCUCUCGUGUUUUGCGUCUGUGUCUACAAUUACCAUGUGAUUUUGGUUUGGCCAACUGGCCACAAUACAUCUGUAUAUAUUUCAGAACACAAAACUGCAAAUAUUAACAAAAUUUUUGAAC